AUGUUGGUUUCUCAUUUGAGGCGUCCAACUCCUGAGAAGGCCUCUGCCUCUGAUCAAGAAAAAUUGGAGGAGGGUCAGCAGACGAAAAAUGAGUCCCAAGAAUCAGCUGGGAUGGUGCUUGAAACUGAAACUGCUGGUGAAAGCAGCAGUGGUACUGGUAAUGAUGAUCAAGUUCCUCCUUCUAUUCCUUUGAAUGGAUCUAGAGGCACACCUGCAGUAGAUGAUGAAUCUCAAGGGGGCACAAAUGCAACUUUGGGACGGGCUCAUGAUAUGCAGUUUGAGAGCAAUGAUAGUGGUGUGAGGGAUGUUGAGGCUGUGAGCCAAGAAAGUAGUGGAAGUGGAGCUACAUUUGGAGAAAGCCUUCGGAGUUUGGAUGUUGAAAUUGGAAGCGUUGAUGGCCAUGACAAUGGUCCCACAAGGAGAGCAAAUGUUGUUUGGAUCAGAAGUUUAGGAACUUGGCUCCACACGUCCCACUUCUGCUUUAAAGUCCAAACCUGUGACACUCAUCUUCCCAAUAUUAACUGCAUAUUUUUAAGGUGCUCAUUAUUCAUUAACAACUGA